AGUGAUGGAUUUAAGGAAAUCAUGCCCUACGAUCAUUUCCAGCCACUUCCCCGCUGGGAGCACAAUCCUUGGACUGCUUGCUCAGUUUCAUGUGGAGGUGGAAUUCAGAGGAGAAGUUUUGUCUGUGUGGAAGAGACCAUGCAUGGAGAGAUAUUGCAAGUAGAGGAGUGGAAAUGUAUGUAUGCUCCUAAACCCAGGGUCAUGCAAGCUUGCAACCUGUAUGACUGCCCUAAGUGGAUAGCUCUGGAAUGGUCCCAGUGCACUGUGACAUGUGGCCGAGGGUUACGCUACCGAGUGGUUCUGUGUAUUGAUCAUCGUGGGCAGCAUACAGGUGGUUGUAAUCCUCAACUCAAGCUGCACAUCAAAGAAGAGUGUCUUGUGCCAGUCCCUUGUUAUAAGCCCAAAGAGAAAAGCCCUGUUGAAGCAAGGUUGCCUUGGUUCAAGCAAGCCCAUGAAAUGGAAGAGACUAGGACACUGUCUGAAGAACCCAUGUUUAUCCCUGAGCCAUGGUCCCCUUGCAGUGCUUCUUGUGGUCACGGUACUCAGAUGCGUGAUGUCAAGUGCCGCAUUUAUCUCACGUUUACUCAGGCUGAGGCGGAGCUGCCUGAUGAUGAGUGUGAAGGACCCAAACCAUUGGCUGAGCAGAGUUGCCACCUGGAACCAUGUGAUGGAGAUCCUAUCCCGUACACACCACCUUUUUCACACACUGAAGAUGCUGGUGAUGUUUUUUACGACUGGGAAUACAUCGGCUUUACUCCCUGCUCAGCUACAUGCGUUGGAGGAACCCAAGAAGCCAUUGCUGUGUGCUUACAUGAGGAGACAAAGCAAACCGUUAAUGAUAGCUGGUGUGACAAUUCAAAGAGACCUCCUCCAAUGAGUCGUGUGUGCAAUACAAGACUUUGCCAUCCAAGAUGGCAAGUAGGACCCUGGACACAAUGUACUGCCACCUGUGGCAUUGGCAUCCAGACCAGAGAGGUCCAUUGCCAGCAACCCGAGGGUUCUGUUGUUGGAUCUGAAAGCUGCAAAGACCCAAAGCCUCACUCUUUUCAAGCAUGCAACCAGCUUGACUGUCCCCCAUGUUGGCAUGUUGAAGAAUGGCAACAGUGCUCCCAGACUUGUGGUGGAGGCACCCAGAAUCGCAAGGUGACCUGCCAGCAGUUGUUGAUGGAUGGAAGUGUUCUGAAACUCAGUAAUGAGAAGUGCCCUGAACCUAGACUGCCAAGCUCCAGAGCCUGCGCAAAUAUAGACUGCCCACCUCAGCUGGUGGUGGGACAAUGGUCUAGGUGCUCUGUAAGCUGUGGGGUUGGCAUGCAAAGGAGGAAAGCCACCUGCCAAAAGCUUACUGCCAGAGGCCAGCAUCUGGCAUUAAAUGGAUCCCUGUGUAGCGGCUUCCCAGCGCCCCCACUUGUAAGGCCUUGCCACAGGAAUGCCUGCAAAAAUAUAAAAGAAGAAAAGAAGCCCACACUUUUUGACAAGCCACAGAUACUUGGUAUCCACAAAGUCUACAUUCAGACAAGGCAAGAGAAACGCAUUAAUUUUACUGUUGGGAGCCGAGCUUAUCUACUUCCCAAAACAUCUGUUAUCAUCAAGUGCCCUGUUCGGCGAUUCCAGAAGACACUUAUCCAGUGGGAGAAAGAUGGACAGCCACUCCAGAUUUCUAAACGGCUUGGUGUCACCAAAUCAGGAUCUCUCAAGAUCAAUAGUCUUGAAGCUUCAGAUAUUGGAGUGUAUAAGUGUGUUGCAGGAUCUGCCCAGGAGAUCUUUGUUCUUAAACUCAUUGGCACUAGCAACAGGCUACUAGAACCUACCACUAGCAGGAAAGACACAGGUGAGAGUGGCAAUACAGAGCACAAUGAGGCCAACAGCUUUGGAGCAAAAUGGCACCAAAUAAGCCAGAUGUGGCAGUUGUGGAACCAGAAAAAUCAACAGUAUCUGCGUGAUGGACAAGUGAAUGACCAGCCCUUCUUAGAACAUCUUAAAACUCAGAGGAGAACUUCGGCAGAAGGAUACAGCUCUCAUGAAUUCACAACUAAGCCACUCAAAGCAGUUGUUUUACCUAAUGCUUACAGUAUGGAUACAAUCCAUUUUGAAGAGCUGAUAAAAAAUUUGAGCCAUCUUAUUGAAGCUGGAGAAAUUAACAAUGAUUUGGCUUCCCAGUUUGUAUAUCAGUUGAUUGCUGAGUUGCUGAAACCAUCACAGUCCACUCCUAAAAACCAAAAGGAGUCAGAAAAUGAGAAGUUCCCUGCCAGGAAACUCGACAAAUCCCAAAAAAUGACUGAUAAUCUCAGCACAAAAACUAUAGGCAACCCGGUACUGAGUAACUCAAAAGGUGCAAUUAUUGUCAGGCCAAAGGAAGGGCCAAAGGUUUGUUCAAAUGAAACUGUAACUCUGCAAAUUGGGGGUACCUAUUUUUUAACCAAGAAUGUCAGCACAAUAAAUUUGCUUUGUGAAACUGCUGGAGUUAGCAAUCUUAAAUAUACCUGGACCAAAGAUGGAAUACCUUUAAAGCCUUUUGAGAAAGUGAUUUUGGAAACAAAUGGCAGAGUCCAAAUUUUGAAUCCUACUGGGAAAGAAAUGGGGGUGUAUCGUUGCACAGUAGACAAUGAGUUUUUUUCAGAUAUGGAGAGUUCGGCACUGUUCUACGCAGAGGCUCCUGUGAUCUUGUCUUCUGAAAAAAGCAUUGCCAGUUUUGAGCUUCAGAAUCUCUCUGUCUCUGUUGGAGGUACAGUCCUAGCGAGAACAGGGUCAAACAUUCUGCUGAAAUGUGCAGUCAAAGGUAUUCCCCAACCUGAAGUCCUGUGGUUCAAAAAGCAGAGCUCCCCAAGAAGUUCUGCUUUCCCAAUAGCUAACAGUUCCUUCUUAUUCCUGGGCAAUGUUUCGGCCAAAGAUGCUGGAAUUUACACUUGCACAGCUGCCAAUGCUGUUGGACAUGCUACGGCAGCAACUGUUCUUCAAUUGGCUGGACGAAGAUUCCAGAAACUACACAAUGGAUCAUCCAGCAAUAGUCAAAGAAAACGUGUUCUCAUGGCGUCUGGAAUUGGCACCAAUGUUACCGUGGCAGCUGGUGAUAUAUUACGAAUAGGUUGUCCUGUAUAUCCUAGAGCAAAUAACACAGUUCGCUGGUUUGUCGGAAAUCAAACAAUAGAAGAAAUUAAAGGCUUCAGGCACAAGACCCUGGUUGGGGGACGCAUCCUUGAAUUCAUCAUUGCCUCUGACCAGUUUGCUGGACAAUACAAGUGCUGUGCUUCAUCAAGCGUCAAGCCAUUGUCUGUCUGGGUAAAUGUCAAGAAGGAAGAAUAUCGAUGGAAGCUUGGUGAAUGGAGUCCGUGCUCAACUACUUGUGGGAAUUUGGGAACCCAGUUCCGAAAAUGUCUGUGUGUGAACAUGAAGGAUCAAAAUGUGAAUGCAUCGUUGUGCAAGGAUAGUCAAAAGCCAGUAGUAAAUGACCAGUCCUGCAAUAUUCAAGAUUGUCCUGCAAGAUGGGCAACAACAGCCUGGUCUGAAUGCUCUGUUUCAUGUGGCCAUGGAUUUCACCGGCGGCGAAUAGUCUGCAAGCAAGUCAAAGCCAACCGCCGUGUCUUAACGUUGCCUCCAGACGCUUGUGCAGACCAAGAGCGUCCUUUGGAAAUGAAACCUUGUGUGGGCCAUUUUUGUGCAGAAUGGAUUGUUCAUCCAUGGGGCCGGUGUGCUGGACGCUGCAUAAACCUUGGAGUGGGCUUACAACACCGUCUCAUUCAGUGUCAGUAUCAGAAUGGAUCAGUAGUACCGAACUCACUCUGUGAUAGCAAGAAAAGGCCACCCAUUAGAAGAAACUGUUCUUCAGAUAGUUGUGAUGUGUAUUGGCGAACAGGUCCCUGGCGUCCUUGCCCUGUAGACUGCGGAAGUGGCUUCCAGUCACGACAGGUCAGCUGUGUACAUAGGAAAAAGAAGAGAUUGGUAGCAGAUCAGUUCUGUGCCUGGCAGAAGAGACCGAUGACCUGGAAACACUGCAGUGUCACUUCUUGUGACAAGGGCGACUGCAAGGACACCACUCACUACUGCACAUUUGUAAAGCAUCUAAAAUUAUGCUUAGUAGACCUCUACAACCAAAGGUGUUGUCAGUCAUGUGGAGAAGGUUAGUCUUUUAUGAAUCACAAGAAGAGAAUUUUCAUUCAAUUCAGUCUGUUCUACAGUCCAGUGAAGACUAUCAACAAGGAAGACAUGGGGUUGCUGAACUGAUAAUACAAAUGCAUAGUUUGGAAAGAAACAUUUUCUCUUCCUGGUUCCUCCUGCUCUCCCUAAUACCUUUUACAAUAACAUAAACCUCAAAGGUUGUUUUAAAAAAUCAUUAUAGUCCACUGAUUAUACUACUUGAAAGCACCUUUCCUAACCUGGUGCCCUCCAGAUGUGAUGAAAUGCAACGUUGACUUUCUGACCAGCAUGAUGAAGAAAGCCAUCUGCAGCCUUGGAAAACUUCUUUAAUGAGACAAUGGGAAUUCAUUGGAUUUAAGUAAUGCUACUGACAGUACAAAGACAGCUGAAGAUUAGUGAAGACAAUUUUUAAAAAUAUACUGGACUGAGCAGUCAUUCUGCUUGCUUGUCACCUUCUUGAUUUAAUCCACUUUAAGACAAAUUUCAAAAAGUAUAGAAAUAGCAGUGUUUCUUUUUUCCCCUACCAUUGUCUCUACUUCACGUUUGGCAAAACCACAUUGUCAGAGAUUUCAUUUCAUUAGCUUCAGAUGAAUCACAAGUUCAUUCCUUUAAGUAUUUUCAGUAAAAAGCAACGUGCACGAUGUUACAAUUUUCAGACUUGCCAUGGAAUUGUUUUUGAUCAAUGCAACUUAAUUUUGGGGAGAUAGGUCAUAUCUUUUGUUUCAGUCUCUCUGGAGUCUGAUCAAGGUAGGAUAAUGCUUAGCCUAGUAUGAAAUUGGAUUUGAGGUUUCUACACUGGAGCUCAGAAUUUAAAUGUUUCAAUUUGAAUUUGAAGUUUGAGAAUUUUUUUCUUCUGCUUUGUCAGAAGCAAACUGAGAACAGAUGCCCAGCCAAAAGUACGUAUCAGUCUGCACUGUUCUUGAAAAAAUCCUCUAUUAUUUUACAAUCAUUUGAAGGAGAAGGGGAAAAAACCCAGAUCUGUUAUACUUUGAGACAGAGAUAUGUUAAGUAUCAGUUGAAUUGAUUUUGAUCGUUAUGCACUUGGAAAUAUGCCAUGCAAGUCAGUUCCUGGAAUUACUUCAGGUAGCUUUUUUCUCUUAUAUAAUUUUUGUGCAAGAACUAAUAAAAGUCUUAGUUUUAACUAUCAAAUAAUAUAAAUUAUAUGAAAUAUAAAUGAAUGGGGCUGAAUACAAUUCUGGCCACUAUACAUAAAGUGUUGAAAAAGGUAGAGAAAUGAGCAACUGAAGUGGUUUGAAUUGUUUCCUGUGAGACUCUUGAAGUUCACAAUUGAUGUUGAUGAAAAUAUACAUUAUAAAAGUUUCUUUUUAGUUCAGUUGUCAUAAGGGAAACCAGUAAAGUUGAUUGACAAUAGGUUUAAAGUAGACCAAAGUGUAUGCUAUGCAUGCUUAAGUUAUGUAAAUUUGUGCCUCAACAUAAAGUGAAAGCCACUGACUUGAGUAACUCAGAACGUCUUGGAUGGCUAGGGAAGAUAUCUUUUUGAUUCGGAAAUGAUAUAAAAAUGGAUUAAACCAUAAAUAGGUAGGAAACUGCCUUCUAGCAAGUCAAGCCAUUGUUCUGUCUAACUCCUCACUGGCAGCAGCAUUCCAGUGUUUUAAAUAGGAGUUUUCCUAGCCUUACCUGGAGAUGGUGGGGUCAAACCUGGAAUCUUCAGCUUACAAAGCAUGUGAUCCAUCAGGCUCUUAAGAUUAUUAGAGUCCAUUGUCUAUCAGUGGCUGUUAGGUCUGAAAGCAGUGUGGAAACUCCAUUUUCAGACAAUCUGCCUCCAAAUGUCAGAUAUCACAGGAAAGCAAAACAGGUGUGCUUGAUCUUCAUGCCCUGCUUGUAUGUUUUCCAGGGUUAUUUAACUGACUACUAUUUAGAAACUAUGCAAGACUACCUGAAACUUUGGCCUUUUCCAUUGAGUCAAGGAUAUUCUAUACUGUUCUUAUCUUGUUGUUUUCCAUUUGUAACUAACUCCUGAGUUCUUGCAUACACUUCAAAAGUCAUGUUUUCUUGAACUAAACCCUCUGACAAAGGGCAGAAAAGUAACACCUGAGUUUUUGUUUCUGUCCCAAAUGUAUUUCAAAAGAUAACCAAAUCAUGGUUUAGUCUUACUGACAGUUAAACUAGUGCUACUGUAUAAAAGGUGUUUAAUGAGGAAACUGUAUCCUUGGCUGAAGACAGAAAACAAUCAAAUUGAAGUUAAGCAACUUGGUCAAUUGCGGUAGAAUCAAGGAAUAUAUUUUUUUUCCUAGCCAAGUGAAUUACAUGUUUGAAUGUUCCCUAUGGUGGUAAAAAGAUGAUGUCCGGAAAAACUUAGGCUGAGCCCUACUUCUCAGUAUUCUAGGUUAAGGAAUACUUAUUGAGAAAUAAAGAUCUAUUUGCAAAAUUAAAUGUUGCAGUAGGAAAAACUUUAGCAUUUGAUUUUGCAUGAAUAUAACUGCUUCUUUACAGAUUCAUUAGUGCUAACAGGAAAGCAGAAUCAGAGUCUUUAACUGUUUUCCAUUGAAUUCAGUGGACUUUAAAUUUAGUAAUUUUGCUGUAUCAUUGCCCUAAAUUUUAAAGCAAUCUUGGUCUUGUUUGAUUAUACCCUUUCUUAAGUUAAGAUAACCUGUAAUAUACUUUUGUAUAUAUUUAUUAUCUGAUUUUAAAGUGCAAUAUUUUUGUAUAGUGUGUAAUAAAGA